AUCGCAGCCCCCAAUCGCAGCUCGACUAAUGAUGUCCAGCAGUUCUCUGUUGACUGGGCUCGGUACUUGCUUUGGGCAUCAAAUGAUACCUGAUGUCACAAGUACCCUGUAGAACGUCUCAUCCCGGCUCCGAACUUUCUACCGGCUGUUGCCGAACAAUGGGCCAAGGCCACUUCCCUGGCUUCCCUUGCUUCGCUGGCAUGUUUCAACUUCCAACACGAACCCGCCUGCCCGCCGCCUGUUCCUCCCGCUUUUUCCAUGGUCUCGUGUCUCUGUCAUCUUUGUCAUUGUCGGCUUCCACAGCAGCGAGCAGCGCCACCUGGUUUUGUUGAACUUCCAUGGUGCAUGUUGUUUUGGCGGUGCUCCCGCAAAAAGAACUUCAUUCCAUAGCCCUGCAUAUCCAAAUUCAGGAUGCUGGCACUCACUAACUGCCACUGGUGGCGAAUGCUUACUACUAACUAAGGUAGGCACAAUAUACCACGACCCAUUACAAAAGAAUGCUUCACUGUUGUAGGUACUGACGGCAGCCCUGUGACGACGUCAUUCGCCGACACCGGGUCUUAGGUAAUCGUUCCUUUUCCAGCCCCGACCAAUGAGACGCUACCCUUAUUGUGCCUCGGAUGCCGCUCGGGACGGCUACCGGCGGGGACGACGCCCCCAGACCGAUAGCUCGACGAUACCCGUGAAUGCUCCUGCGCCAUCAUGUCCGCACGACUUCACUACAAGCCGCCGUGAGGACGACCCAAUUGACCAAUUCACGCAACAUGUAUCGAUCAGCUCUGAGGACAUGCGCAAGACGAUGCGUCCCGGCGCCCUCCCGAGGUGUCCUGCCCGCCGUGAGGACCUUCGCCUCAGCUUCCGACGGUCCUGUGUUCAACUGGGAGGACCCCCUGAACUCCAAGAAUCUGCUGACAGAGGAGGAACUCGCUAUCUCAGAGACUGCUGAGCGGUACUGCCAAGAGCGUAUGCUGCCGCGCGUGCUGCAGGCUUACCGAGACGAGCAGUACGACAAGAAGAUCCUCGAGGAGAUGGGCGAGCUGGGACUUCUCGGCGCAACAAUUGAAGGCUACGGCUGCGCAGGCGUUUCGACCGUUGCCGGUGGUCUUAUCACGAAGGCCGUCGAGAGGGUUGACAGCGGCUACCGCUCCGGCAUGUCCGUCCAGUCGUCCCUUGUCAUGGGCGGCAUCGCCGAGUUCGGUACACAGGAGCAGAAGGAGAAGUACCUGCCUCAGAUGGCCACGGGCAAGAUGUUGGGCGCAUUCGGCCUGACGGAGCCUAAUCAUGGCAGUGACCCCGGCUCGAUGGAGACCGUGGCGAGGCCUCACCCGACCAAAAAGGGCUACUAUUCGCUGUCCGGGUCCAAGACGUGGAUCACAAACUCGCCCAUCGCCGACGUGCUUCUCGUCUGGGCGAAGCUACAGGAGACGGGCAAGAUCAGGGGCUUCUUAGUCGAGCGGUCGCAAUGUCCCGCCGGCACCCUCGAGACGCCCGCCAUCAAGAACAAGAACGGCUUACGCGCCUCCAUCACCGGCAUGAUCCAGCUCGACGACGCCCCCGUGCCGGCGGAGAACAUGUUCCCAACGGUCGAGGGCCUGCGCGGGCCCUUUUCGUGCCUCAACAGCGCGCGGUACGGCAUCUCCCUCGGCGUCAUUGGCGCCCUCGAGGACUGCAUCGCCCGCGCGCGCACCUACGCCCUCGAGCGGCGCCAAUUCAAAAACAACCCCAUCGCCAAGUACCAGCUCGUGCAGAAGAAGCUCGCCGAUGCCGUUACCGACGCCGCGUAUGGCACCGUCGCGGCGAUCCAAGUCGGCAGGCUCAAGGACGAGGGCAAGGCGACGCCCGAGAUGAUCAGCAUGGUCAAGCGCCAGAACUGCGACCGUGCGCUGCAAAAUGCGCGUGUUCUGCAGGAGAUAUUUGGCGGCAAUGCCGUCAGCGACGAAUACGCCAUCGGGCGGCACGUUGCCAACUUGUUCGUGACGCAGACGUACGAGGGCCAGAGCGAUAUCCAUAGCCUCAUCCUCGGUCGGGCCAUUACCGGUCUCCAGGCAUUCGUGUAAGCAUGUUGGGAUGUGAUAUGCGACGUGUACAGAUAAUACCGGUUGACGGGUACGCCUAACUUGAAAUCAUCACAAUAUGGUCUUCCGUGCAGGGUGCUCAGCGGCAGUCAAGAGUCCGAGGGAAACAAUUGCGAAAGAAACCGCAAGACCGUCGUCUUACGGGAGUCACUCGUAUAAACGAGCGUAGGACAUUCAUCACGUACACGUGACUCAGCGGAGGACAUUUAUCGUCCCUGUCUGCCUAGUACCCUUCCUGUAGUGCAUCCUGUUCGAAUCUAUCGUGGGCGAAAGAUACAUAGGUCUAGGGUGACCCCUCGAUACAAGUUGACACCAUUUUUCCUUGUCUCCGCGAUAGGUAGCUGCCUAAUGUCAGGCAUCCUCGGUUGCCUGUAAGUGGUGAACGUCUUUCUUACCGGGAGAUAAUUACACUGCCAAAUGCGCCUUUUGUAUACCGGUUGGCAGCCUUGUUGUGUAUGCGUGUUGGUAAGGAGAGGUUAGCUUCCUUUGGAAUAGAUGGUAGCAUCGUUACAGGUUGUUCCGUAGUCACGUCGUCUGGAAAAGGGGG